AUGUGCUGGACCUUCGAAGUCACCUUGGCAGCAGCUUCCCUGGAAACUUUGUGUCUCCUUGUGCUGUGCUGGCGUGGGUUGCGGUACGACCGGCCCAAUGCAUCUCUGAUUCUCCCGCUGGUUCUGCAGGAAUGGCUGCAGGUUGUGUUGUGGGCACACAUAGGCUCCUCUUCUACGGAGUGUGAUGAGACGAACCAGACCGUCUCAAUCGCGAUUGCCUGUUUGGUGUGCGCGGUGCCUGCAUGGAUGUGCACUCAGCCACUGCUGUGCCCUGUGGAUGUCACUCCGGAGCUUCGGCAGUCGGCGAGGGCGUUUUUGUGCUUUGCUCUCCUGUGCGGGGUGAGUGGCGUGCUGGUGCAAGUCGUUGGCCGGACAUUGGGUUGGAUGACGUCGAUCUGCACUUAUGCCGGACCCUGGCACCACCAGAUAUGGCCGGUGAUGAAUAUCCAGUACAAUUUCCUUCCAGGCUUAAUGGGAAGUCUUCUUGGCCGAGCUCUGUCUUCUAUGAACCUCAUGCUGUAUUUCGCCGCCAGUAUAGGUGGCUUCAUGUCCUACCGCCCUUCCUAUGUGCUGCCUGUCUUAGCAUGCAUCGGGUUGAACGCAUCGAUGCUAGUUUUGGUCUUGGGAAGGGAGUGGGGCUCCUUCUGGUGCUUCCAGGCCUCACUGCUGGGGCUCGUGGCCAUACUUGAGCCCUGGCUCUUCGAGCACUUUGGUGAGUACCGCUUCUUUGGCGAUGCCAAGGCCAAAGCCUCGCCCGACAAGCUCGAGGCUGAAGCCAUUGGUGCCCCAGAGUCCGAGGUUGAUUCGCUGGUGGCCUGA